CCUGUUUCUCCGGCACACUUGCUGACAGACGCGACGUUUGAAAUGGCUGUUACCCUUCACACAGAUCUAGGAGACAUUAAAAUUGAAUUGUUUUGUGAGCGCGCACCGAAAACAUGUGAGAACUUUAUGGCUUUGUGUGCCAGUGGGUUCUACAACAACUGCAUCUUCCACCGAAAUAUUAAAGGUUUCAUGGUUCAAACUGGGGAUCCUACAGGCACAGGCAAAGGAGGAACAAGUAUAUGGGGCCGCAAAUUUGAAGAUGAGUACAGCGAACACCUAAAACAUAAUGUAAGAGGAGUUGUCUCGAUGGCAAACAAUGGCCCCAACACGAAUGGCUCACAGUUUUUCUUCACAUAUGCAAAACAGCCCCAUCUGGACAUGAAGUACACAGUGUUUGGAAAAAUUAUCGAUGGCUUGGAAACACUGGAUGAGCUGGAGAAACUGCCUGUCAAUGAAAAGACGUUCCGACCGUUGACUGAAACCCGGAUAAAGGAUGUGACCAUUCAUGCCAAUCCUUUUGCUGGAUAGACGACUUUCUCUUUGCAUAUGCAGAUAUACCUUUAAGACAGACCUGGACUCUGUACCAAUUGUCUUAUUUGAAAUAUCAGUGUAGAGUACCUUGCAAGAGUUAAAGUGGAGGAAGGGGCCCCCAGACAUCAACAAUGAACAGAACACUGACUCUGAAUCUGUAAAAUGCUGAGUUUUAUUAACAGAAUUCGUUUUUUUUUCUAUCAGCAUUUUCUAAUAGGUAUGCCCAAGAAUUUAAAUGCCAUUUAACUGUCACCUUUACAACUACUGUCCAUGGAGUCCCAAAGCAAAAUCCAGGAGUGCGCUGUCUUCAGUUACUAGCUACGUAUGAUUAUAAAUUUCAAGAAAUGGUUUGAUGUGACAGAGUCUCUGUAAUGGAGAAGUUUAGGUUAUUUUUCACCUAUUCAUCUUCAGGCAUUCACAACUCUGUCCAAAGACAAAAAACGCCUGACUUUGUACAGCACUGUUACACAGACUGGUCUUUUUUUUCUUGAUAGGCUAUAUGAAUAAAUUACCAAAUGUUUUGUACUGAAUAAAACUUUUAUAAUUAAUCCUGUA